AUGUUUGUCCACCAUGGAGAUACUGAAAACCAAAACAAUGUUUGGUAUCUAGAUUCGGGAGCUAGUAAUCACAUGUAUGGUAAAAGAGAGUUGUUUGUUGAGCUUGACGAGACUAUACAAGCACAAGUCUCAUUUGGUGAUUCUUCAAUGACUCCAGUGAAAGGAAGAGGCAAUAUUCUAAUCAAGCUCAAGAAUGGAGAUCAUGAUUAUAUCUCCAAUGUUUAUUAUGUUCUUGCUAUGAAGAGCAACAUUUUGAGUAUGGGACAACACCUAGAGAAAGGAUACAACAUCAGCAUGAAAGACUGUCAUCUUACCAUCAAAGACAAUCAUGGUAAUUUGAUCGCUCGGGUGAGAAUGUCCAAGAAUAGGAUAUUUGCAUUAAACAUCCAACAUGAUGCUGCGAAGUCUUUAAGUGCCAUCAUCAAAGACAAAGAUUGGCUAUGGCAUUUGACAUUUGGACAUCUCAACUUUGGAAGCUUGAAGCUGUUGUCAAGCAAGAAUAUGGUGAAAGUGCUCCCUCAUACUGCUCAUACUAAUGAAGUCUGUGAAAGUUGCAUCUUGGCAAGCAUCACAGAACUAGCUUUGCCAAAGAAGUGA